AUGAUGUUUUCGAAAAUGGCACAAUCUUUCGAAAUGAUUAUUGUUGGGAGAUUUACAAUUGGGAUAGCUUGUGGCGCUCAUACAGUCGUUGGGCCUAUGUUUUUGUCAGAAAUAGCUCCUGUCAAUUUCCGUGGAGCUGCGGGAACUUUCAAUCAGUUUGUGCUUGUUUUCGCUAUAUUGUUGUCACAAGUGCUUGGUCUGCCUGAAGUGAUGGGGACAACUGAAUUAUGGCCAUAUCUACUUGCUUUAUGUACCGUUUCCAGUGUCAUACAUAUUUUACUUCUGUCCACUUGUCCUGAAAGUCCUACUUACUUAUACAUUAUUAAAGGUGAUCGUCGAAGGUCAGAAAAUGCAUUGGUUUACCUUCGAGGGCAAGAUUGCGAUGUACAUGCUGAAUUAGAACUACUAAAAAUGGAGACACAACAGUCAUCUACACACAAAUCAAAUUUUUGCGACCUACUACGUAUUCCAUACUUGCGAUGGGGACUGAUUGUAGCUUUGGUACUACAUAUUGGCCAACAGUUUUCCGGUAUAAAUGGAAUUCUUUACUACUUCGUAAGUUUAUUCAUAUCGAAUGGGUUAACAAAACAAGUUGCAAGCUAUGCGAAUCUUGGUACUGGAGUUACUAUUCUAAUUGGUUCAUUGGCAUCCAUAUUUAUUAUCGAUCGGAAAGGCAGACGUCCUUUAUUAAUGUUUGGAAUAUCAGCUUGCCUUUUUAGCCUCUUACUAUUCACUUUAACUUUGAUUAUUAAACAAGUGACUGAAAUCAAUAAACUCACAAUUCUAUCAAUUGUAUUGACAUAUACGUUUUUAUUUGGAUUUUCAGUGAGUUUAGGUUCUAUUCCAUGGUUUUUGGUUUCUGAAUUGUUUACGCAAGAAAAUCGUGAUGCUGCUGUCUCUAUUGCUGCAGCAACCAACUGGUUAUGCAAUGCUAUUGUAGCAUUAAUAUUCCCACAGUUGGUUAUCUAUAUUAAUAUUUAUGCUUUUAUACCGUUUAUAUGUGUAUUGUUGGCUGUAUUAAUAUUUGUCGGAUUGUAUCUACCUGAAACGAAAGGAAAAACGCCAGCUUCCAUCGAAGCUUACUUUAUGCGUCUUUGUGGUUUCCGUGGGACAGAAGUACAUGAAAAUCCAACGUUUGCAGAUAUAAUAGAUGAUACAACACAAGCUUAGUUUGGUAACGGUGGCACUGAUGAUUUAGUUCACAAUUCACUUUGACAAGAAUAUUAUAUAUAAAUUAAUCCUUAUUCAUAUCGUGUACUAUUACCACUAUAAAUUUUAUAUACCAUUAUUUUUUUGGAUAUUAUGCCUCUCCUGUAUAUACAUAUACAAGAUUGCCAAAUGUU